UCACUAUCUGAGAGUUUCCUCCUUUUGCAGUCAGUCUCUCUAUCCCAGAUCCUGUCUCUGCUCGCGUCUCCACUCAUUUACUGUUCAACGAAGGGGGCAGAAUGGGAGCAAAGCUCAGUCGGAAGAAGAGUGAAGCAGGGAUAGGAGCAGAGACAGUAGGUCCAGCUGUACAAGAGGGCUCACCUGUGGCUGAAAAUGCAGGGCAGAAAUCUUCUGAAGGUGAGAUUCAAGAAGAGAGCAUGCCUGCAGAAGGGAAGACCAUCGGUGAGCCUGGCUCUUCGAGCAGUGUUCUGCAGAGCCUUACACAAGCUGUAGGAGAAACGGUCAACGCAGCCACUGAACAGAUUGCUGCACCGGUGGAAGAUGUUGUAAACAGAGGUAUUAAAGCAGUGGAGUCCGCAUUGGCAUCCGUCAGCCUGAUUGAGAAGAAACCUGAACCUGAACAGAAGUCUGAACCUGUUGUAGAUCUCGCUGAUUCUGAUGUUCUCCAAGAACCCAGCCUCUUGGAUGACCUGCUGAAAUCUCCACUCUCAGAAGCCCUCAUUUCUGGAGUCACUAUGGUGAGUGAAGCCAUGACCAGUGAGAUGGGUGAAGACAAAAUUAGCAGUCCUGCACCAGCUGAGAACAAGGAUUUGUUGGAAUGUCUUGAUAAGGUGGAGAUGCCCUCAGUGGACCUCCUGGACUGUAAACUGACCCAUGAAUUUACAAUCCCUAACUCAGAUCCAUCAUUCACUUUGGAAGAUAUGGGACAGAAUGCAGUUGACGCAGUCAACCUUAUAUAAACCACUACACUCGCCUCUAGAAAACAGCAGCGGCUGGAAGAUAAUUACGUGCAAUUAUGUCGUAACAAUAUUCAAGAAAUUAAUGAACAUGUUUUUUUUCCCUGAGGAUGUAGUCAUGAAACAGGGUUGUUUUUCAUUCAGAAUUGAAUUGAGCUAGCAAACUGGAUGCAGAAUUCAUUAGAAUUCAAAUGAAUUGAAGUUCAAAGAAUUUAAUAAACUUUUUAUCAGAAAUAUUGGCUUGACGUCUUAUUUGAAAGUUUGAACCACAGUUAAAAAAGCUUUGAUGUUUGAAGGUUAAUAUUAGUCAAUAGAGCCAGUUCUUUAAUUCUGAGUUUUACACAACCCUGUCAUGAAAUAGAUGAAAGUGACAUGUAAAACCAGCCACCUCAGAUAUCUAAUGAACAUUCCUUAAGCCUACCAAUCCAUUGACAAGCAGCAAACUAGCUGUCUGGUAUCUUUUCUCGAUGGUCUAUUUUCUUCCAAGCUCUUGGUGAUUGUGUAUGAACCGUUCAGUCUCCCAUUGGGGAAGAGAAAAAGAAUGUACAUUAAAACAAUGAUUGUAGUAAAGGAAAAUAAAGACUGUAACACAUCACAA